CGAUUAAUAGCUCAUCAGUUGAAUCCCAGACAUGAAAUCGUUUAGCCAGUUGAGGUUCCAUGGCUGUCAAUAGUGGUCGUAUUUUUUAUCUUUGCCUAUUUGGCUUACUGUUUUUCGUAGAAAAACAUGAGGUAAACUCAGUUUUUUGUUUAAAUUUAGUAAAAUAUAUAUACACACAUCCGCAGCCAAUUUCCGUUCAAAGGGGCAAUGCAGAAUACAGCCUAGAGUCGCUGGAUACCAGAUGUGAUCAUGAUUUCGUGGAAUAUUUCCAUAGAGUGCCCGACUCUAAGAUUCUAUAUACUUUUCGUGUCGUCAAGUUGGCCCCAGCUUUUACCAUCAGUAUAACAAUUAAAGUGCUGAAGACACAUCGAAUUAUGUACAAGAUAGAAAACUUCAAGGGUUGCGAGUUUCUUAACAAUCCUGUGAUAUUCAAAAUGUUUGGCGAGUCAUACAAAACUUUGGUGGUCAACGGCAGUUAUUUCAAGUGUCCUAUCAAACCGAAGGUUUACUAUCUGAAAACGGAUGGCAUUAUGUCCAUGAUACCAGGCGUCCAUCCAUUUGGCCGCUUUCAACUAUCAAUGCGUGUAAAAAUGAAGGAAAGUCGCAAGCCAUUCGUUAUGGAAAUGCUUCUCAACUAUACAAUUGUGCGCAUCAAAUAA